AAUAUAGAUUGAUGCCCUGUCCCUUCAAGAAUUCACCUUUUCUUUAUUCCACUCAACAAAUUUUAAAAUUCAAUCUUUAAUGAGAUGCGCACUGAAAUUUGAGAUUUAUUUCACUGAAUCGAAAGUGGGUUUUGUCAAAAGUAGAGUUAUUAUUAGCUCAUAGAGUGAAGUAAUUUUCAACCAGUUCAUUAAAACUGAUUGAUUAAUAUGUAAAGUGGCGUUAUUAAAUGCCGUAAUUAGUAAAAGAAGCUGUAGAAUUUGUUGAUUAUUAGCAAUAUUGGCGGCAAUGAAGGCAGAAACCAGCAGUUGUUUCUUUAUUCGAAAAAUGAAAUUAUAAAAUGCAAGGAAGAAAAAUGUGGAAUCGCCACAUGUCACUUAUUCAACACACAGGCACACUGUGACAGAGAGAAAAAAAAAAGGGAAGAAUGGCGGCGUGCUUGAGAUCUCUGCUUCUUUUCUCAUGCCUUGCAGCAGCAUUUGUUGCAUUGGCAUUUGGGGAAGAAGCCCUUUUCCCAACUAUGCAGACUUCAGCGGUGGUUGGGAGAGAGAAAGGGAGAUUUCUGGCAGGUGAUGAACAAGUGAACACAACUCUGAUUUUGGCUGAGAAGAGGACUCAGAGGAAAGACCCUCUUGAUGAUUUUCGCAAAUACAGAGGAGGCUGGAAUAUCAGUAAUCGCCAUUACUGGGGUUCUGUGGCUUACACUGCUGUCCCCUUCUUCAUUGUUGGCGCAAUCUGGUUUGUCGUCUUCGGGUUAUGCUUGAUCAUCACAUGCCUCUACUUCUGCUGCUGCCGAAAGGCGCCUUAUGGCUAUUCUCGAGUCGCCUAUGCCCUCUCUCUCAUCCUCCUCACCUUCUUCACCAUUGCAGCAAUCAUUGGAUGCAUCAUCUUGUACACUGGCCAAGGGAAAUUCCACACCAGCACUAUCAACACUUUGGAAUACGUCGUCUAUCAGGCCGACACCACAUCCGAGAGUCUUAGAAAUGUCUCGGGAUAUCUGGCUGCCGCCAAGCAAAUCAACGUGGAUCAAGUGAUUCUGCCACCUAAUGUCAUAGGCGACAUUGAUAGCAUCCAAACCAAGAUAAACUCAUCGGCCAGCACCCUCUCGACUAAAACCGAGGACAAUUCACAGAAGAUCAAGGAUCUCGUUCAAUAUGUGAGACUGGCUCUUAUCAUACUCUCCGCCGUUAUGCUUCUUCUAACGUUUCUUGGAUUCGUGUUUUCAAUCUUCGGAAUGCAGGUCCUUGUUUACCUAUUGGUGGUCGCGGGAUGGAUUCUUGUGACCGGGACAUUCAUACUGUGCGGGAUCUUUCUUCUUCUGCACAAUGUGACAGGGGAUACGUGCGUAGCAAUGAACCAGUGGGUCCAGAACCCGACUGCUCAUACAGCUCUUGACGACAUCCUGCCUUGCGUGGACAAUGCCACCGCCCAAGAGACCUUGACCAAGAGCAAGGAAGUAUCAUCACAGCUCGUCACGUUGAUGAACACGGUCAUCUCCAACAUCUCCAACGCCAACAACGUCCCCAACUUCCUCCCGUUGUACUUCAACCAAUCAGGCCCUCCCGUGCCAAACGUGUGCAAUCCGUUCAAUCCCGACCUCACCAGCCGUGCUUGUGCACCCGGUGAGACCAACCUCAGCAAUGCCACUGAGGUGUUAGGUGGCUACGUCUGCCAAACAUCGUCGAACGGGAUCUGCACGACACAGGGCCGUCUGACGCUGGCCAUGUACACGCAGAUGGCUGCUAGUGUGAAUGUGAGCUAUGGCUUGUUUAAGUAUGGUCCUUUCUUGGCUAAUGUUCAAGACUGUAGUUUUGUGAGGGACACGUUCUCAGCCAUAGAGGCCGAUCACUGUCCCGGACUGCGUAGGUAUAGCAAGUGGAUCUAUGUGGGGCUCGUGAUGGUUGCCCUCGCGGUCAUGCUGUCUCUGCUGUUUUGGGUCAUAUACGGAAGGGAGAGGCGCCACCGUGUUUAUACGAAGGCACACACGCCUCCAGGAGCACCGGGUUUCGAUGAAGACAAGCAUGCUUAGGUUUUGAGGGGCAAUGCAUUGGUGCUUCAAUUGAUGAUUUUGGCUUCAUUUGUAGCAUAACUUGUGAUGUACUAUUAUUGUUGUGUGGUGUUUGCAUUGUUGUUUUAGGCGUAGAUAUAUAUUUUUAUUAGUAUAUUUUUUUGGGUAAAGUUAUUAGUAGGAGUAUUUUUUAUUAUCAUGGAUUAUUUACAAUUUACAUGUGGAUUUGAAUUUGGUUGGAAUCGAAUUCUGUGGUUUUGUAGUUA